AUGACACCGCUGUAUGGCGUUCAUGCAGUGGGGCCUCGUAUUAUACGUCACGAUCUCGGUCACUAUCGGUCUGCUGCUGUCACGGCGACGUACACUGUCAAUCUGCCCUGCCAACUCCAGAAAUCUGUUUGGCUGCGCAACACGUUCGAGAGGGCUCUUCAGUACACCAUCCUUGGCAACCCAGGACUUUGUUUUGGUAUCGAAAAGAGCGGAUCGAAAUGUACCGCAGGGUUCAAACAGCUGGCAGAGAUCCAGAGCGGCGAUGUCGUGAAGUACUUUGAGAUUGAUGUCGUUCACGUUGGAGUGAGUGUCGAUGACCAUCUCUCUCGAGUGAUAGGGGCUGCCCACUCGCAUCAAUGGGUUGCCGGUAAACCAGCCUGGAGGACUAUCGUUAGCUAUCAAGCAAGUACGAAAAGCGCCCCCGGAGCCAAAGAGGCUGAAACCUCGCGAGUCACUAUCAACGUCACUUUCCUGGCCCAUCAUGCAAUCGCUGAUGGAUUGAGCGGAAUGGCUUUUCACAUGUCUCUGAUGAGUCACUUGGGGGAGGUUCCGGAGGUUGGUAUAGAGGCGGCAUGGCCCUUGAGUCUUCCUCAUGACGUGCCGGCCCCAGCGUCAAUCGACCACUUGCUCGGCCUGCACGACAUAUCGGACAACGUAUCUGAAGAAGUCGUUGAUCCAGUGUGGGCCGGCGGUGCGAUAUUACUACCGUCGACUACUGAGGACACAUCUCGUGUUCGUCUCAUCACGAUUUCUAACGACAGAUUGCUGGAGAUACUCGAUGUAUGCAAGCGGAAUCGUACAACCCUCACAGGACUGCUUCACGGCCUGAUAUGCGUUACUCUUCUUCGACAUGUCGAAGACGCGCGAGCCUUCCGGUCCGUGACUUCUUACUCCAUUCGAAAAUUCACCGACGCUGAUGCAAUGGAUAUUGUCAAUCACAUUUCCUUCAUAACCCAGUACGUUCCAAGCGCCGUGCUCGACGAACUUCAGGCAACAAAAACAGGGUCUCCUGCCGAGUCAUGCUUGAUUCUCAAGAUGGCUUCUGCUUUCGGCGCAGCAUGA